UUCUACAUGGCAUCAGAACAACAAAUCUCCCAUGGAACACAAUACGAGUCCUCAAAUCCUCUUUCUCAAUCUCCAGUGAAAACAGAAACCCUAACUAACACGACUGUACUGAACCAAGACGAGACCAAGAAAGAGACAACAGAGUUCGAGAAGAACAAGAAACGGUACCAAGACCUAAUCUCCACCUUUCCACACGCAAAAGGAUGGAGACCGAAAGCUCCUCUGAUCGGGUACGGAGGUCACUGGAUAAUACAACCUCUUCUUGAAGGUUGCCUUUUUGCGCAAGACUUCUUCCAAGCACGACCAAACGACUUUUUCGUUUGUACCUACCCAAAAUCAGGGACCACUUGGCUUAAAGCUCUAACUUUCACCAUCGCAAACCGAUCUUGCUUGGACCAAUCCUCGAACCCACUCCUAAAACGUAACCCUCAUGAGCUUGUUCCUUUCAUAGAGAUCGAGUUCCCUUUCUUCCCUCAACUUGAUGUUCUCAAGAACAAAGAAAACUCUUUGUUCUCGACUCAUAUGCCGCACGGGUUAUUACCCGAGUCCAUUUCGAAAUUGGGGUGUAAGAUGGUUUACAUAUGGAGAGACCCAAAGGACACUUUCAUCUCCAUGUGGACUUUUUUCCAAAAGCAAAGGUCAGACAAUGGCCCUCUCAAUAGUCUUGAGGAGUCUUUUGAUAUGUUCUGUCGAGGUUUCUCUGGAUACGGUCCUUAUCUAGAUCAUGUCUUGUCAUAUUGGAAAGCUUACCAAGAGAAUCCAAAUCAAGUUAUGUUCCUUAAGUAUGAGAAGAUGAGAGCUGAUCCGUUGCCGUAUGUGAAGAAACUGGCUGAGUUUAUGGGUUAUGGAUUCACAGGUGAGGAAGAGAAUGAAGGGGUUGUUGAGAAAGUUGUGAAUCUUUGUAGUUUCGAUAUGUUGAAGAAUCUUGAAGCUAAUAAAGGGGAGAAAGACAGAGAGGACAUUCCUUGGAGUUUUUAUCCGAAUAGUGCGUAUUUCAGGAAAGGGAACGUUGGUGAUUGGCAGAACUAUCUGACUCCGGAGAUGGCAGCUCGAAUCGAUGGAUUGAUGGAAGACAAAUUCAAGGGCACUGGUUUGCUUGAACAUGUUAUAUAUACUUAGUUUGGAGCAGAAGUUUUGCUCUUUUUCUAAGUUUGAUUUUGAAUUGUAGUAGUAGAGGAAUAAAUGUUGCCUAUGUUUUACCCUA